AUGUUUGUUCCUUCGUCAACAGGAACAACUAGUAGUAGUGUCCUGCCUCCAGAUGAGGAUAUGACUGAAUCCGAGCCACUUGAUCUACUACGGUCAUUCCAACCCGAAGCUGAUUCAGCCAACAGUAAAUAUGAUUCAUCGAAUGAAGAAGUCAGUGAGAUUGUCUCUUUGAUAACCUUUGAAUCAGACCCGUCAACGAAUUCUUUACAAGAUCAUUACUUUUCAGAGCCCAUAGCAGAGAAUGGAACCCCUGAACCAGUGGACGAUCCUACUAAAGAUCUUGGAGGUGUUGAAAGUAUAGAAGAAGAUGGGUCAGUGAGCAAUGGAGAGGCAGAAGUAGAAGAAGAACCAGAGUCAGUAUCGUCUCAAGUCUUCAAGGAUGAUUUCAUGAGCACAUACAUUCAAGAAGACAUUGACUAUUCUAAUGUGACAGAGGAUCCGGUCAAAGUAACUCAGCAAGAGAUAUUCAAGGUGUGGGAUCUGGAGAUUGUGGGGGACGAUGAUGAGGAAGAUGGGUUGGUGCUGCAGCUGAAGAAGGCCCUCGAUGAGUCUUCCACGGUCCAGCCCCUUCCACAGCCACUGCUGAAUGAUGUUGCCGAGAAGAGCAAUAUCGAUGAUCUGAUAGCUGGGAUCUCGGAUCUGUCUAUUGCAGAAACUUUUAAGUGAGAAAAUUUAAGAAGUACUGUAUGUGUUUUUUAACUCUCUUUUGCUUAAGUAAUCCUUAACCGGCACGGCGGAACAAACAGGAUUUAAGAUUUCUAAACCUGCUAGACCAAACCGAAGGUUUUAAGCGUCAAUUUGGUGUAUACACGACCCACUUGGCCACCUGUUGUGCAAUGGUGGAGAUGAGAUUGCAGUCUUAUCUCGACCGUUGGUGUAGACUUCGCAAUCUCUUAAAAUCUCCAUGCUUAACCUCA